AGCGCGCUGCUGACUGUUUGUCCGGUUCGGGCAGCUCUCUCUCUCGCUCGCUCUGUGUUUCUCACUGUGUGUCUUGCUACCUGCGAGAACGCGCGAUUGCGCGGCCACGCGUUUGUGGUAGCAGCGGUCGGCUUGCCCUAACGCACGCCCCGUGGCCUGACGCAAAGUGUGCUUGAGGAAACGGUGAGGGGAGAUAUAGGAUUUCUUUUUCUUUUAUUUCUUCUUCUUUUUUCAUGUGUGUUAUUCUGAGACAGGCGGGUCAGAGCAGCAGGUGACUGAGAGCCGCCGUGAGUUUCAAGGGGGAAGACGCGGACAGCUAAAAGGGAGUCCAGGUGACACUGAACCCAUUCUCCCUGCUCAGGUGGACUCACUUUCGGUGCGCUUGUUGCUAAGUGCGCUCAACUCCAGUCUCGGGAACAGUGCUACGAGCCUUUCCGUUUUCCCUCUUUUUCCUUUUUUGGGAAAGGUGCACCAUAUAAGAAAAUCACAAGAGGAGAAAAUAUAACCAGUGAGAAAAGAUGAUGCGCUUUCUUCGUCGGACCUUCGGCCGGCGGUCUAUGAGGCGGUAUAAUCCCCCGGACGAGCGGGAUGGAGCCGGAGCCGAAGGGGGUGUUGGCCCAGGUGCAGUUCAGUUCCAGCACCACCAGCAGCAGCUGCAUCAUGCGCCGACUGUGGUGAGCGGAGGUGCAGUCGUUCACAUCCCGGCGGCGGGGGGUAGCAAGGCGGUCAUUACCUGUAGGGUACUUCUCCUGGACGGGACAGACGUCAGCGUGGAUUUACCGAAACAUGCUAAAGGCCAAGAUCUUUUCAAUCAAAUUUUGUACCAUUUGGAUCUAAUAGAAUUGGACUAUUUUGGUUUACAGUACAUGGACACAUCCCAGGUUUCUCAUUGGCUAGAUGCCACAAAGCUUAUUAAGAAGCAAAUAAAAAUUGGUCCCCCCUACACAUUACACUUCAGAAUCAAGUUCUAUUCUUCAGAACCAAACAACCUUCAUGAAGAGUUUACAAGAUACCUAUUUGUAUUGCAACUUAGACAAGACAUUCUUUCUGGAAAGUUAAAAUGCCCAUAUGAUGUUUCUGUAGAACUGGCUGCCUUAUGUCUACAGUCUGAGCUAGGGGACUGUGACCCUGUAGAGCAUUCUCCAGAGUUGGUUUCAGAGUUCAGGUUUACCCCAAAACAGACUGAAGCAAUGGAAAUGGACAUUUUCCAUAAAUGGAAGGAAUUCAGAGGGAGAAGCCCAGCUCAAGCAGAACUUUCUUUUCUGAAUAAAUGCAAAUGGCUGGAGAUGUAUGGUGUUGACAUGCAUGUUGUCAAGGGAAGAGAUGGUGGUGAAUAUGCCCUUGGCUUGACUCCAACAGGAAUAUUGAUUUUUGAAGGGGCCAACAAAAUAGGCCUGUUUUUUUGGCCUAAAAUCACCAGGAUGGAUUUUAAGAAGAACAAACUGACACUUGUUGUUACAGAAGAUGACGAUCAAGGCCAUGAACAGGAACAUACAUUUGUCUUCCGGCUGGAGAGUGCCAAAGCAUGCAAGCACUUGUGGAAAUGUGCAGUUGAGCAUCAUGCCUUCUUCCGGUUGCGACAGACUUCUCAUAACAAAGAAAGCAGGAAUGACUUUGUCCGUCUUGGUUCUCGCUUCAGGUUCAGUGGACGAACAGAAUAUCAGGCUACCCACAUUGGACGAUUAAGACGUACAAGCACAUUUGAAAGAAGGCCUAGCAAGCGAUAUCCAUCAAGAAGACAGUCAACAGUCAAAGGAAUUAACCCACAUAAACCCCUUCACCUAAGUGCUCAUAAUACUGCAGACCCAAGUCUUUAUUCGCCUCAUUACAAACAAAACAUUUCUUCUGGCCUUGAUCACUGGCAUGCUGCCCACCCAGUUCAUCCAGUGCAUAUGGCACCCUCAAGCUUCCCGUUGACCACUCUUCCAAUACUAAACAACAGUGACCUGCAGUUGUUCAGCAUAGAAGAGAAUGGUGGAGCACCCUUGAGCAGCAAAAUGCCCAGCAGGUGUCAUCAUCAUCACCACCACUAUCACCAUCACCAUCAUCAUACCAGCUAUGGUGUGGGGGUCACAGACAGCAAGGACAAUCUAUCUCCUUUUCACAACAUAACCAAGCUCAAUUCAGGUCUCCCUUGCAGCUACGAGGAGCCAAGUACACGUCUAAAGCAAGUGGAGAUGGAUGCAAGCAAGGUGUCUGGCCCUUGGCCAUCUCUGCACAUCAAUAUUAAUAGCAAGGGAGAAGAGAAGCGUUUAUCAGAAAAGAGCCUGCAUUCCCCCACUUCACCUUCUCUUUUGCCGGAGCACCUGAAGUGCAAUAUUCUGAAGGCCCAGAUGGAUGCAGCUUUCCGAGUUGGUGCUCAGGUUGUGAAGGAGGACUUGGAAAAACCCGAGAUCAGCAGGAGUACUGGAGCUUUGGAUCAUGCAGGAAGAAGUCCAUCAUCCCCACGAGACAUGUGUUCAUCUGCAGCAGUGCCUGAAAAGAGGGAGAGCAAGCCUCCUCGUUUAAAGAAAUUGAUACGACAGUACAGCUUCAAUCAUAGUGAUGAAGAUGAUCUCCCUGCUGCUCUGGCUGCCAUCACCUCUCAAUGUAAUACUGGGAAGACCACUUCUCAAACCUCUUUAGACGCACAGAUUCAGCCUUCUAUAUCUGCUAAGGUAUUCAAUAAGAGUUCAUCUGAUCUUUCUGGGAAAAUGACGCUGGAGCCAGGUGAUCUGCUUAUGGAUUUUACUGAGGCAACACCCCUAAUAAAAAAAGUACCUUCAGACCAAGCCGAUCCCUUUCUCGAUCCAUUUACACCUGUGCCACAAUUUCUGUUCAGCAAGGUAGAGAUGCCUGUCAUAGACACACGCCUGCAGUGCUGUGGACACCCAUCAUCUCCUGCUAAGCCAAUGCAGCUAACCCAUAGCUACACCAAAAGACCUCAGAUCGAUGUCAUGCCCAUCCCUCACCCAUCAGCAAGACACACCACUCUGGUUGACAGAAGUGCGGAGGCCUUGAGACGAGAGCUUGAUCGAGAAAAACUCAUGAAAAGACUGCUGAUGACCGAGCUGUGAAGGCUCAGCUUUGGGCAGACACCGCAAACAUGGAUUUCCUUCGUGCCUUCAGCCUGUUUACAUUCCUCAGCCUGUGUCUCAAAGAGCCUGACCAGAAUAUUCGAGUCUGACCCAUCGUGUCGUGGUGUCUUUGUGUCACCAUCGGUCCUUGUGCGUGCGUGCAUGUAUGUAUGCUGCUCAAACUGACUGCAGUCACAUCGCCUUUUGUGUCAUUGUUUGCUUUUAACAAUGUAAAAUCCCUCUUUUUAUCUCUAUGCAUAGGCCAAAUGUUUUACUUAUUUUCACAAAAAAACUUGAAUGCAAAGAAGCCCUUUGUUUGACAUGAGCUGUCAGUUUCCGUGAAAUCUCAUAAUCACAAGGUAGUCUUGUUUUACCUUAGAGCAUGGUUUUAUUUUUUUGGCUUAGGUCACCAUUUCUGCUUCUUGUUGUGCCAUGAAUUGAAGUUUUGUCUCAUUAUUUAUCAGAAUGAUUUUAGAAUAAUUGAAAAGUAAGUUAAAAUGAAUAGAAUUUGCGUGAUGGGGAGCUCCAAAGUCACACAUUAUUUAAGCAGUCUUAUAUAUUUGUCAUUUUU